AUGUUACUAGCACCAUCACAUUUGGCUUGUGGAGAUGCAUUAGCAGUAAUGAAGACUGCAGAUCAAUUGGGCAGCAGUAAUUAUGAUCAGGAACUGCCUUCGUUAACAAAAACUUCGUAUGUGCGAUUGAUUCCGUUGCUGAUGGCAUCACUGCUGGCGGUGAUUGCACUCGGAAUUACAGCCUUCUUAUUACCGGGAAACAUCAAAAAAACACUGCAGCGAAGAGCUCUCUUCUGGCUCACCAGUCUACUGUGCUUUCUUUGCGCUGCACUAACAUCAAUUGCCUUUGGUAUAACCUACCAUACAUAUACCGCCAAUAUAACAGCAGCAUGCUCUGCUCUGGAUGUGGAAUACAUUUGCUCGAGUUACACACUGAAUACAGAAAUUAUAUUGCUAGCUAUCUCUAUCGGUAUUUUCAUGAUCAGCACCAUGUACAGUAUCAUCUGUUCAGCUAGCCAAUUACCCCAUAAUUCCAAGCUACAACAUCAACAAAAUAUGAGCAGUUCCUACUCUGUUUACGCUGACUAUGAUAGCCCAAAUGAAACGCCUUCCAUCUAUAAUGAAAAACAAGACAUGUCAGAUACGAAUUCACAGCAGCAGCAGCCUCAAAGAGCGUCUCUACGUCCGCCACCACCAAACCAGCAAAGAGUCAAGAGCCGAUCCCCCGAGGUCAUUCAUAAUAAGUUACCCGCAAAAACAUUAGCUACUGAUUUGAGUGCCGAUGGUGUGGUACCUUUCUACUCGGCACAACAUCAGAAUACAACGAUGGGUACAACCGAUAUUGGAUCUACGUCAUUUACACCUAUGGUUCUAGACAGCACUGUGUUACGACCACCUACAUUGCCAUUUGCUAGUAGAGCCAAUAACCAAGGCAAGGAUAGGCCAUCCAGUUACGGAUCAAACAAUACAUUUGGUGCCUUGGGCGCUAAUAGUGGUCCCAACAGCCCUGCCGCUGACGAUGCCUCAUCCCAAGUGUCUUCCUACUUGGACUAUCAUCAGAGAACUAAUUCUGGAUCAAGUAUGACUAAUGCUGCUACUACCAAUAUAGUUUACGCUUCAGGGUCUGGAAUCCCUUCAAAUCAUACACUGGGAGGAUCAUUUCAACUAAACAAUCUCACUAAACAAUCAAGCUCUCAUCACAACUAUUAUUAUUACAACUCUUCCGAAGACGACAGCUUACACCACAGCAAACGACCCUUGGAAAGUAGCUCCAACAGUAGUUUCCACUCGGGCAACCAUGUCAACACUCACCAUCCCUCUGAGACUUUGUCGACUCAACAUUUAGACAAUACGCUCUUUCAACGUAUUGAUGACUACCUUCAUGUGGGACCUGAGAAGCACUGA